CAGUGGAACAGGAACAGCGGAGCUGGGUUGCAGCAGGAGGUGGACUUUCAGACAAACGUGAGAGGCCGGCGGGAGGUGCCGGAGGAGCUCAGACCAGAAAGCGCAUUUACAGGAAAGGUGAAAUGAACCUUUCGAAGCCCCUUGGGGAGAGAAUCCAUGACCAAAGGACCAAGAGAACUGCAUGACUGCUGGCCCGCGGCCGGCUAACGUGCAGAAAUGGGCCAGACCUCAGUCUCCACGCUGUCUGAACAACGUUCUAGUGUUGAUGGGCUGGAUAAGGCUUCCAUUGCAAACUCAGAUGGACCUACUACAGGUUCCCAGACACCUCCUUUCAAGAGAAAGGGUAAACUCUCUUCUAUAGGCAAGAUCUUUAAACCUUGGAAAUGGAGAAAAAAGAAGACCAGUGACAAAUUUAGAGAGACCUCAGCAGUGUUAGAAAGGAAGAUAUCCACAAGACAAAGUAGAGAGGAGCUGAUAAGAAGGGGAGUGCUUAAGGAAUUGCCUGAUCAAGAUGGAGAUGUAACUGUAAACUUUGAAAAUUCAAACGGGCACAUGAUACCCAUCGGAGAGGAGGCCACACAAGAGGAAAAUAUAGUAAAGUCUGAAGAAGGUAAUGGCUCUUUGUCUGAAAAAGCAACAACUGUGGAAGAAAAAGCAGAAGAUAAGAAAGAAAACCCAGAAAACCACUCUGAAACACCGGCACACCUACUUCCAGCUCCUCCUAAGCCCAAGCCUAAACCUAAACCUAAAAAAACAGCUGCACCUCCAAAAGGGGCAGCUGCUAUACAGGCAAGCCACAAGGGUGAUGAAGCGCCACCCAGUAAAAAAACUACCAAGGCACCUGGUAAGCAGCCCCCCAUCCCUCCACCCAAGCCGACAAGCCGAGGGCUGAACCGAGAGGUCGCUAGUUCUUCUCACUUGAAAAAAACAACCGUGUCCAAGUCAUCGUCUUCACCAUCAACUUCAACCACCUCAUCUCGUUCCAAAGCGUCCAAGGAGUCGCCUUCCAGCAAAACAGCUUCAACAGGGACUUCACGGAGCAAGAAAAAAGCAGGCAAACAAUUAACCCCCCGCCCACCUCCAGAAAAAGCUGUUUCUGCCACAUCCAAUCUCAAGGGAGAGUCUUUAGAAACCAGAGUAGAAAAUCUGAAGUCAGAGGAGCCUCCCCCCAUUUCAGAAGAGCAGAAUAUAGACCUACAGAAUAAGUCAGUAGUCCCUCCUCCACCUGUAACCCCACCUCCUCCUCCACCAGCUCCUCCUCUUCCUCUGGAAAAUCAAUGCAUUAAUGUGUCUGAUAUUCCGGCUGUCACAGUUAGCAACGGGGCCAGCCUACCUGUCUCUGCCUUAGACUCGAGUCAUCUUAAGACAGAAGAGCUGACAGACAGAACCACUCUUUCUUCAGACACCAGCUUGGGUGUUAACAGAGAAAACACAAAAUGUUUGACAACCGAAGAGGAGCUGAUGAAAGAGGCGCCACGGCUAAUGAUUCCUGUUUUGAUGGGCGAGUCUUCUGAAUCUCUAAGCAGCACAGAGAUUGAAGUUCAAAGAGAGAACCAAGCUAAUGAUUCUGAUUCAGAUGGGCCUAUUCUGUACACUGAUGAUGAGGAGGAGGAAGAGGAUGAGGAUGAUAGUGGUGAAAGUGCUUUGGCAAGUAAAAUACGUCGCAGAGAUACCCUUGCCAUCAAACUUGGCAACAGACCAUCUAAGAAAGAAUUGGAAGACAAGAACAUCUUGCAGCGAACCUCUGAAGAGGAAAGGCAGGAAAUUCGACAACAGAUUGGAACAAAGCUCGUCAGGCGAUUAAGCCAAAGGCCAACGAGUGAAGAACUAGAGCAAAGAAAUAUCCUAAAACAAAAAAAUGAAGAAGAAGAACAGGAAGCAAAAAUGGAACUGAAACGCAGACUCAGCAGAAAGCUCAGUUUGAGACCAACAGUGGCAGAACUGCAAGCAAGAAGGAUUCUUCGGUUUAAUGAGUAUGUCGAGGUCACUGAUUCUCCUGACUAUGACCGCCGAGCAGACAAGCCCUGGGCCAGACUAACACCUGCAGAUAAGGCAGCAAUAAGGAAAGAGUUAAAUGAAUUUAAAAGCACAGAAAUGGAAGUCCAUGAAGAGAGUCGACAGUUUACAAGGUUUCAUCGCCCCUAAUGAAAUGCAAGACUAUUAUGCAUCAAUCAUUUGAUAACCUUUGGGGAAAGCACUGUUUCCUGAAGACUUGAGAUUGCACUGGAAUUUGAAUGUGUGUGUGUUGCAACUUAACCUGUGAUAAAGUGGCCCUUGGUUUUAUUGGAGAGCUCUGAUACAGGGCAAAGGAAAAAGAGAAAGACACAGUGAUGCUUUUUGUUCAGCAAGUGUUGAUGGUAAGAGUUACUCUGCUUCAGCCAUGAACAGCUCACAUGGCUAAACAGAUUUUUAUUCAUUAGAAUUUUGACCAAGGAAGAUGAGCAGAAGACAAUCAUGGGCUUCCUUUUUUCAGGAAUACAGAGGUUUAUGGUAAUCAAGGAAAAUAUGGAGUGGGAUUAUGAGGCACUGGGAAUCGAGGUGGAAAAGGAAAAAAAAAUAAGUACUUCAACUUAGUAACAGAAAUCAGACAAACUAAAGAUAAAAUGUAUUUUUUUGAUAUAGGAAUUUGUUGGGUAAGAAUGAUCAUCCAAGAAGGAUUUACAAGUAUGACUACCUAAUGAUUCAGAUCUGUACCAGGAAGACUAUUCACACUUCAUCAUUACUUUAGUAAAAAAACAGUAGUUUUCAUUUAUUUGGUGCCAGUGAACCCAGUUGCCAGGAAUGAGUCUGAGUGUUUUCAUACAUAUUUUUCAUAAAUGCAAGAGGCUUGCACAGAGUCUAACAAGCAUGCUUAAAAAAAUAAUGUUGCAUGCUCAAGUAGCAAAACUAAACAUGCUUUACAUAUUUUUAUACUCUUACUCAAUAUACCUUCCAUGAUGUUAGAAUUACAGGAGUGGGAGUAAAGUAGGAAAUAAUGUGAUUCUAUAGGACUGCAGCAAGUUUAGAAACAGAUUGUAUGACCUUUCUCUCAAGCUAUUAUCUCACAAGUGAAAGUACCCUAAAUAUGAAGAAAAAUAAUUGACAAUCAUGAUACCAUUUUAAUUUUGAACCCAAAGUCAAAACUCAAGUGCAUUACAGAUGUCCUGCCUGUAAUUAGUUUCAAACAGAAAUUGUCAGGAUUACAGUUUUUAUUUAUUUAUUUUUAUUAGUUUAAAUGCUGCAUUUUUUGGGAUCUUUGAAAUGCUGCUACAAAGAAAAAUGUGUGGAUUAAUAAGUACUCAGCAAGAGACUUUAAAACUUCACAUAAAAUCUGUUACAUUGUGUAUAAAAUACCUAGUCUCAUUUAAUAAUUUGUAAAAAUGUAUCUCUGGGUAUAGUAUUAACUAUUGAAGCAAAAUGAUCAGUAAGACUGGAGAUUGGAGAAAAAAUCUGAUUUUCUUAUGUUGGUCAAAGAUAAGGUCAGUAUUGUUUACACUAAGGUAUUCUCUAUUGUCUUACUUGCCAACACUUCCCAUUGAGUGUGCGCAUUAUGUGACUUCUCUGCUCCCAAAUACCUGUAACCAUAAAGAGAGGUUUUAAUUCUUUUGUUUAAAAUCACUUUUAAAUGUGUGUAAAUACCGUAGUAUGUUUAAUAGUAACAUGUAUGCCCCUUUUAUUUUUUUCUAAUACAUAAAACAUAUUGAUGUAAGGCAAGGUCUGGGUGGGUUUUUUCUUCCUUCAGAUCUUAAGCUAGAUUUUCCUGAACGUCCUUGGUUCAUAAUAUUGAAGAUUAUAAUUUUACAUUUCAGAAGCAAGCAUGAAAUCUGGUAGCUAAAUUUAGAUCCUACUAUUUAUUGAUAUUUCCAAGAACAGCUAACUAGAGUUUGGAGGUGAUUUUUAUAAAAUAUAUUUAAGCAUCAGCUAGCUCUCUUUAUUUUAAGCUAUACAGUCAUUUGUUCACAUUCUGUACAAAGCCUGCACAAUCUGCAGCCAGCAGGCCACUUGCGGCACGACAAGGGAUUUUGGGCGGCCUACCAAAAAAAUGUAGAGGAAAACAUCCUUUACAUUUUUUGCAGGCCACCCAAAAUCUUUUGGCAUGGGACCCCGGGCCACAGGUUGUGCAGGCCUGGCUAUUUCAGCUGACUGAAGAACUCAGGUUUGGUCAGAACUCCAUAAAACAUUCAGAACCUCUUAGUGCUAUAGCAGGAACAACCAGUACUAUUUUGUAGCCAAUAAAAGUGAGCAUCCCUGUUUCAUCCCUUGAUGUAAUGAAUUAAUAACAAAAUCAAUCUAGAUUCUGAAGUGCUAUCAUUUUAUAAGUAUUAAAAGACAUGUUGCAUUGAGGAAAUGAUGAAAAUAUGGUCCUUCUGCACAUGCAAAUGCUUUUGACUUCGUUUUGUCAAUUUCUGUAGCAAUUUCUUAACAGCCAUAGAAAUUAAUUCUGGACUAAGAUGUGGCAACAUGAUUUUCUUUCAUAUCAUGUUUUUUCAACUUAAAAAAUACCAAAGAAUAUAUUGUUUAAUAUUUUUAUAUUUAAACUUUGCAACCUUUAAAAAAAAUUAUGAUUACAAUAAUCAAGCCCCUAUAUAAAUAAUGAAAGACAGAUGUUUAUAUCAACUUUUCACACAGGUCAUAGAAUGUUCACUGUUUGGCUGAUUUAAAAAAAAAAAAAAGAAAUCUUGUUAGUAAAUAUGGUGUGCUAUCUAGUUUUUUUUCUGUUCUAUACUGAAAUGCACACAGAUUAGGAAAAAAGCUAGUCAUCUGAGUAAAUUAUAUACUGUAUAUCACUAUGGGCUUGGAUUUAUAAACUGCAUAUAAUGUUUAAUUGUAGUGACUAUUGUGGAGGAAAGCCUAAAGGAUUAAAAAGUUCACUAAGAUAGGUCUUAAUGUAGUACUAGAGUUUCUUCAUGUUAAAAGUCAAAAAAGGAACCAGUUACAAGAGCCUGUGUGAUCAUCUAAAAUCCUUAGAAUAUAGCUUUUCUAUUUCAAAUUGCUGUAUGACUCUUGGAUUUCCAGGAGAUUUCUUUAGGAUGACACAGUCUAAAUAAUUACUGAAUGGACCUGGGGGCCAGGGCUGGGAUGACAGGAGAGAAUUGGCCAUUUCUUUUAAAUUGUAUAAAAGCUAAACAAGGUAUACAAUUAUCCUUUUUAGGUUAGUGCUCAGCCAAACCUGAAUUUUUAACAAGCUUGAUCAGCAAUUGGAAAAAAAAACCCUUAAAUUACAUCAAAUGGACCCAGUUUUAACCAACUAAAAUUUUGAGGUUUUAUCACUUAACAUAAAACAGCCAUUCUAGAACUGUUAGUUGUAGAUGUUCAGUUGAACUAUAUGACAGCAUAACCAAUCUGAUUCUUUCUGAAAAGUUCACAGAUCAGUGUCACUUAAUGUGUGAUAAUUUUCUUUAGUCAGAAAUCCAAGAUGAUCACAUCAGGAAUACUGUUGUCCUUUUAUUUCUUAUAUUUAUAUAUGAACUAAAUCUGGUCCUAACUUACAAAAUUCUAUGAAAUGGCUGAAGAUAUAAUUUGGAUUUAUUAGUUGUUUAUUUACUUUCAUGUGAAAGUAGAAACAUUAUUUAUAUGAAAUAUAAAAUUCCCAAUUAACUAGCAGAAAUAUUUUGGUUACUCAGAUAAUUCAAGUGAAAAACAUUAUAAAGUAUCUAACUCUUUAACUAUCAGGAUUAAGUUUUUACUUUCACUGUCUCUUUCUUUGUUUGAAUGAAUGAAUGAAUGAAAAGCAUUUAAGUACUUACCAUGUGCCAAGCACAGUGCUAAGCAUGCUAAUAACACCCACUAUAAUAGGGAAAACACAUAAUCUCAGUAUCAGUUUCAAUUUGACUACAGAUGAGUAUAUUGUAAGAAAAUAUCAGAAGCACUGAAUAUACAAUAAGAAUCACUAAAUAUUGUAAAUAAGAGAUUAAACUCCCUAAAGAGUUAAGGCUCAUAAACUUCUAGUUAAUUCUGUCCUGCAUCAGCACUUUUUGUAAUAGUGGCUUAUAAUUAAGAUUAUAAUGAAGAGCAUUAACACUGCAUUUUCUAAUGUAUUGUCACAGUAUCAUAUAAAGUGUUAAUAGCCAUUUUACUUGUCUUUUAUGAAGUUAGCUUCAUACAUCUGCCAGAAAUUAACAUUAUCCUAUGCAGGAUAGAAAAAUAACAUUGUUUCCCAGCUAUAGAGACACAUCUACACUUAUUAAAACUGUGGUUCUCUUCCCACUUUUUUCAUUCUUGAAAACCAAUUCAAAAGCAUGUGAAGUUAUUAUUCUUUAAUUGAUGGUAGCAAAUUUUGCACAGUUCCAAAUCUUGCGCCUAAGCAACAUAAUGGUUGUAUCACACCCUGUGCAAAAUGUAUAGGUCUUUUCUGCUUUUAUACAGCAUGGUCUCAAAUUCCCCAAAUUUACAUUCUGGGCAUGAUUAUUACCACAAUCAAAAAGUCAUUAAAUGGAGAGUCCUAAUCCUACUGAUUAAACUGCCUAUUUUAGAAAAUGAAUUAAUUCUUUUAGAACAUUAGGGCACCCAUUGGGUGCUAAGGAAUAACUUAUGUUGCAAUGAAUUUUCUAAGUUGUAUCCUGGUGUCUGUUUCAAGACAAGGCAUUCCACUAUGACAAUUCCUGAUGAGAAGCUAAAAGAUUUUAUUUUAGUGUGGUAUUUCCUCCUGCAAACCAACUCUUUUAUUAUUUUUUAAAAUCAUUUGGGGAGUAGGGUGAGAAAUAAUUUCAAUUUACAUGGGAUUUAAUGGAUGGUAAGUCUCAUUUUACUUGUUGUCUCUUCUGUAGGGUCAAAAUUCUAGUCUGCCUAUACAUUAUGAUUUGAAGGAGUAGGAGACAGGCAUCCUUUCUCCAAAUAAACUAGCCACUGUCAUUCCUUCCAGUCUUGUAGUGUCCCUUCUUUUAAGUCCUGAAGGGUUUCCAUUCUUAAAGAGUUCUCUAUCACCCCUUCCUUGCCAAGUAGAAAUAUCUCUGGUGAGAGACUAUGUAAAUGUAGCGUUGGGGAGUAUUCUGUAUUAAGAAAAACAUUAUCAGCUAACUCUUUAGUGUAGAUCACUGGGCACUGAGGGGAAGGCCCUAAGAAAUUAUCAAAAGGUAGGCAGUAAGCUGAGUUUUAGUGCCAAACACUAACUUCAGCUACUUCAAACUUGGGUCUGAAUUGGUCAGACUGCCUGUCAGUUUUGCUGGGGUUGUUGAUUUAACAAAAACAAAAAGGGGAUUGAGGUGGGGGGAAAGAGGAUAGCAUUCCACUUCUAGAGACAGAAAUUGUGAUCUAUCUACUUAUGUCAUAUUUGACCAAGCACACUCCAACCCAUGAGCUCAAAACCUACCAAUGAAGCUACUGGACAGGCCUUUGACCAUUGUAAGAAAAGCCACAUGGUUCAGUUUUCCUAAUAAGAUUUGUAAAUAUUGUAUUGCAUAGGAAUUAUGGAUUAAUCAUGCACUGAACAUACAUUGUUAAUUUAUCUUAGGUGACAGAUAUACGUAAAAAUUAUGCCAAGUUUUACAUAGGUAAGACAACCAAUACUGAAACAUGUCCAUUCUAUUUGCUGCUAAUUUUUGUAGUAGCGAUUUAAUAUUAACAGUGUUUCAAAACUGUGUUGAGAAACUUUAGUUUCAUCAAAGAAAGAGAUGAAUUAGUAAUGUAGCCAUCCUUUAUUUUUUGUCAAAAUAAAAAUGUUUUUUGUCCUGUUUGGACAGAGAGCUAGUUGGAUUAAAGAGUGACUGUUGUGAACUUUUAGAUGGUGCUUAAGAAUUCUUAUCUUUCCAAACAGAAAGUGGUGUUUUUGUUUGUUUUUUGGAGAAGAAAAUAAAAGGAGUAUGUAAGACAAAGUGCCACUCCAUCCUCAGGUCAUUUUUUAUGGUAUGUUUAAAGCCAAUAUUUGUGCCACUUGCCAGUUUUUUGGAUUUUUUUUUUCCUGCAAUACAUGGUUGUUAUGGUUAACAGUAUAUUUAAGAUUAUAUCAUUAUUGCAUUGCUUUAAGAAGCUUCACAACUAGAAGUGGCCCAUGAUGGGUUAGUUAGCAUUAAGGAAAUCUAAUUCACCCAAGGUAAAAUACAUACAGGUCAACUAAAAUCAAGGCACUAAUUUUUGUUAUAAUUUUCCUUUUUCAGUAUUUUAUUCCAUAACAGGAUUCCCCAUGCCUCCAAAUUAUUCUGCAUGAAUUUCACCAGGCUUAGUACUUGGUAAAGCCUAGAACUUGUCAGUUAUUUAUUUGCUUUUUCAGAAUAUAUCAGAUAUAAAAGAAAUGUUAAAAAAAAAAAAGAAAUGUACACGUUUUUUAUUAUUGUAAACUUUGGCUACAGUGACAAGAAUGGCGAGCUGUGAUCAAUAUCCAAUGGAUCGAUGCUAGAUUUCCAGUGAGUGAUCUGAUGUUGUAUAUUACACAGGAGUGAUACCUGUGAAUGUAAAUAACUGGUGAAAAUGACAGGUUUUUUUUGGUUCUUGAUAUGUACUGUACUAUAAUAUGUGUGUGAAUAUAGAUAUACACACACAUACACACAUGUAUACGUAUUCCACUGUUGUAAUCUGGAAAAAAAGAAUAUGUAUUAUCUUUUUAUACAGUACCUGUGUUUGUGUUUAUUAUUUAAAAAGCAAAAAUGUUUAUCUAGUUGUAUAAUAUUUGAGGAUAUUUCGCUGUGCACAAUUCCAAGUGCCUUAGAACACUGUGUAGCUUUCUUAAUCGUGUAUAUAUAUAUGUGUGUGUGUGUGUGUGUGUGUGUGUAUAUGUAUAUAUAUAUAUAUAUAUAUAUGUAUAUGUAUAUGUAUAUGCAUAUACGUGUAAAAAUGAGAAAUUUUACCUCAAUAAAACAGUUGGGAAAAUCCCCACUGAGUUUCCACAGCGUUUAAGUUACCUGAGGUAAAAGCUCAGAAGGCUUAUACUUAUAUUUUAAGGUAACACAGGAAUGUUCCUUAAAAGACUUGGUUUAUCAUCUCCACCUAACUUUUUGAAAAAUAUGAGUACACAUCUUUUGUAAUGAUUUUAUUCUUAAAAAUUAUUGUCCAAUGAAUGACUAUUAAUGCUAAUCAAGUAAAAUUUUAAAAUACUUUUAAUUUAAUAAGGUAUUUAAAUAUUGAUUUUAAAUUCUUAGUUGCACUAGCCAUUGUGCAAACAUACAUAAAAGCUCCCGUUCUCCAGAAUUUGUAAGAUACUGAAGCAAAAAUAACAGUACAACCUCACCUUUAUUGACUUUAAAUAAAGUUUUACUUUGAUAUUUAUUAUAAAUCAUUAGUAUGUAUAGGAGGAUGAUUCUGGGUUUGUUUUGUCCAGUACAGGAUUUGUUCUCAGUAUAUAUCUCCAAAGGGCAAUGUUUUUCAACAGUUGUUGAUCAAUGGCAACAGAAAAUCACACCUUAUAUAAACAGUGACUUUGGCCCUUCGGCUUUUAGAUGUUGCCUCUGCACUGGCUUCUUCCCAGCCAAAAAUGUUUUUCUUUUUAGAAAAGUUUUUAGAAGGUUAUAUUUUCAUAGUUGUUGGUAACGGAUUGUUUUUGACAAACUGUAUAAUAGGAUACAGCAAAAUAAAAAAGUUUGUCCUCAA